GUCCUAAAUUGCCUGAUGAUGAUCUGGAUUAUUGGUGGGGCCUUUAACAGCUAAUAAGUGUUGGUAAGGUUCAUCUUUAUUUAUGAAGUGGAGGUGGAAAACGAACGGCUUUUUCACUAUAUAAAUUAAAUCGGAUCAGAUCCAAAUGCACUAGUUGUGUCUAAGAACUUGAACAUCUUUACAAAAUGAUAUCAUUCAUUCUUUUGGCAUUAUUUGGAUUAACAUUCCCAGCCCGUUUAGACGGUGCUUUCACACACGGAGGUGGAGGUGGCGGCGGUGGAUACCCAUACGGAGGUGGUUUUGGAGGUGGAGCUGGUGCCGGCGGUGGAUUUGGAGCUGGAGGUGGUUUCGGUGGCGGAUUCGGUUACGGUGGAGGUGCUCACAUCCCAAUUGUAAGAUACGAGAAUAAUCCAAAUAAAGGGGACGGUUCAUAUAGUUACGCUUACGAAACCGGAAAUGGAAUUCAAGCUCAGGAAAGCGGACGUGGCGGACCAGGUCCGGAUCAAGGAACCGCCGCACAAGGUUCUUAUUCUUACACAGGUCCCGACGGACAAAGAUAUUCGAUCAGUUAUACCGCCGAUGAAAAUGGAUUUAGACCAGUUGGUGCCCAUUUACCGACUCCACCACCAAUUCCCGACGCGAUUUUGAGAUCUUUGGAUCAAAAUAGGAUAGGAGGAGGUGGGGCUUAUGAUGAUGGUCAGUACAGAUCUGGUGGAGGCGCUUACAUUCCUCCGCAUACUGGAUAUCGUGGUUAUUAAAAGAAUUUAUGAAUUUGGAUCGGAUUGGAUUUAGUUUUUUUUUAAAUGUUGUAAACCGACUGUUCUCAUAAUGGCUAUGUAUUUUUUGUAUCUAUAAUAUUUCUUUAUUUAUAUUAAUAGAAACUGUGUUGUAAUUAUAGUUUAUAUAUGCAAGUGAAUCAAUAAUAAAGCAAGUUUGCUUGGAA